GACGUCAAAUGCCCUCUUCCCUCCUCCGGGUCCUCCCUCGUUUCCUCUCUUGUUGUUUGGUGGCUUUGGAUGAUCCUUGUCACCGUUUUCAACACAUUUUACUGGGAUCACCCAUGUCGUGGAAUAAUAUUGACACCGGAUAAUGGUGUGAUGCAACCAUCCAUCAGUGCAGGGGGCAGGAAAUGAUGUGAGCCCCUUCCCCCAAUAUGUUUGAAGUCAAACUGCGAGCUGUGGAAAAGAAGGAGUCCAGCACUGAGACAGAUGAGGGCCUUUGCAGCAGCAGCCGGCAUUGCUCUGGCUCGCUCGGUUCAGGUUCAGUGGAAUCUGGAUCCUUCUACCUGUCUGACAGCCAGGACUGGGUGGUUUCCCCAAGUUGCUCCCCAGAGGAAGGCUGCACUCAGCACAACGCCAUCUCCCCAAUGCUGGCAGAGGAGACUUUCCGCUACAUGAUCCUCGGUUCUGAUCGUGUGGAACAGAUGACCAAGACCUACAAUGACAUCGAAGUGGUCACUCACCUACUGGCCGAGCGGGACAGAGACCUGGAGCUGGCUGCUCGGAUCGGACAGUCGCUUCUUCAGAGAAACCACCUGCUGCAGGAGCGCAAUGAGGCAGUGGAGGAACAGCUAGCACAAGCUCUUGACCAGGUUCACCAGCUGCAGCAUGAGCUCAGUAAGAAGGAUGAGUUGCUGCGGAUGGUGGCCAAUGCCUCGGAGGAGUGUGAAGCUGACUCCAACGCGUCAACUCCAGUGAGGCAGCGUCAGAUAACGGGUGGAACGGCCGCGUCUGCCGCACUCAGCCAACUGGAGUCAAUGCAGUGUAAACUGCUGGAGCUAGAAGAGGAGAACCUGACUCUGAGAUCUGAGGCUUGCCAGCUGAAAAAGAACACCGUCACUUAUGAGGAGAAGGAGCAGCAGCUUGUUAAUGACUGUGUCAAGGAGCUACGCGAGUCCAACAGCCAGAUGGUUUCUCUGACUGAUGAACUGUCCCAGAAGAACGAGGAGCUGUUCCGACACCAGGAGGAGCUUGCUCAGUUGCUUUCCCAGAUUGUGGAGCUGCAACACAGAGUCAAAGAGCUCGCUUUGGAAAAAGAGGAGUUGAGGAUCCACCUGCAGGCUUCUAAAGACGCCCAGCGAUUGCUCACGGCAGAGUUGAAUGAUCUGGCCGAGAGGAAUGCAGAGUGUGCAGAGAUGCUCCACGAGUCCCAGGAAGAGAUUAGGGAGCUCCGCAACAAAAAUAUUCCCUCCUCUGGGAUGCGACAGCACCUCGCCUAUGGCUCCUUCCCCAUGGAUUCGCUGGCUGCAGAGAUUGAAGGUACUAUGAGGAAGGAGCUAAGUGUUGAGGAAGAAACUGAAUUUCAAAACCAAAGAAUCUCCCAGAAGAAAGUUUUCCAGACAGUCCGUUCCGUCAACGCCUCAACAUCCCGGCCAAGUUCGGCCACCCCUCCAAUUCCUGGCUCUCGUCAGAACUCUCUGGUGAUGACUACACAGCCGUUCGAGUCUGCUCAGGGGGACGAGGUUCCCAUGGGGCAGCCAGGCUCUCCAGGUGGAAAUGACCUCACAAAAGCUCUUCGUCGCUUGUCACUGCGACGGCAGAACUUCUUGUCUGAACACCAGUUCUUCAAGGCAGAGCGUGAGAAGAAGCACCAGUCCCUGGCAAAGGCAGAGGCUCAGGAGGCAGGAAGCAGCUGCAGCUCACCAAUGAGCAGCUCAUUCUCCUCCUUUUCCAACCUGUCUGAACUCUCUGUAGGUUCCAGCCUCUUCAGGACCUUCUUACCAGAGAAGCUUCAAAUUGUCAAGCCCAUCGAGGGCUCACUGACGCUCCAUCACUGGCAGCAGCUUGCCAAACCCCACCUCGCCACCAUCCUAGACCCACACCCAGGCGUUGUCACCAAGGGGUUCCGCCCACUUGCCCAGGAUUUUGUCUACCGCCUCAGUGACAUGGAAGAAGAUGAGGAAAAUGAAGUGCAGGGAGAGAAAAGGGAGGCUGAUUUCUUGGAGAAAGGUGCAGCAGAGAGAGGUAAAGAGCAGGAGGAAGAAGAGGAAGAAGGGGGCAUUGUCUUCAAAGUGCACUGUUCAUCUACACCGGAGGAAAAGAAGGACCGAACGCAGUCAAACACACAUCUUCCUGCCACUUCUUUCCUUCCGGCCUGGCCAUUGUCUUCUAAUGUGGCUGAGACCUCCAGCUCAUCAACUCACCUUUUUUCAGACGUGUCCACAGCAACAGUUCAAUCGAGUGCAUCUUCCUCAGUUCAAAAUCCCGUCAAGUGUCAGAGUUCCACAUUCUCCACCUUCACAUUCACCAUGUGUCGCAUCCUGCACCCGAGUGACAUCACACAAGUCACUGCAAGUUCACAGUCGUGCCUCAGUGCCAAUACACCCAGCUCUAUGAGGACUGGACCAAGUACCCCUCUGACUCCAUGCCGACUCAGUCUUGGAGACUCCUUUCAAACUCGGCGCCCUGCUGUGGCAGCCAGUGGCUUGGCCAAGUUGGUCCUCGAGAGAGGCAUUUCUGCACAAGUCUCCACAGAAACCGCCCAAUCUUGUCCAAAGCCCACGCCCCAGCGGCCUCUUCUCCGCUUACUCCCAGGUACGCCUCCCGACUCACCGGAGUACCGCCAGCAAUCUGUUGACAAUUUUCUGGCAUCAAGGCCGGCGGAGCUGUUUCUGCAAGAUGUUUAUGGCUUGAAUCUAGGCCGUGCCCCUCAUCCCGACCUACCCAGUCCGCUGCAGGAAAACCAGGCACGCGGGCCACUCCCGGACCCGCUUAACGUCAGCUUGUUGGAGAGACUGCGUCACCUGGGCUUUACCAAGGUCCACCAGGCCUCUGAGUCACACCAGGACUCGGCCACCUUUGUGUCACCAGGCAGCGGGAGCCUACUAGAUGGUCUGAGGCGCAACCACAGCCUCCCGGCAAUGAUCGGUGCACGAGUGAGAAAGUCAGCAGGUCGCCCAACGCUUCCUGCUCACCCCACCUCGCUGGCAUUGCCUCCACCACCCUGGGGAAACCUCAAACAAAGAUGCACAAAAGUCACUGUAAAAGCCACACCACGUUCAGAUGACUGUUGAGGAGAGGACCACCCCCAUAACGAGAAUCAAACUUCCAUUUCCUAUCUUCCGCAUAUAGUUUAUGUCCGCUUUUUUGAGAUGCACAUCCUCCUUUUAAGACAUGAUUUUAAAGCACAACACUUUUUUUUAUUUCCUUUUAACUUUUUAUUUGUUAAAAUGUAAAUUUGUGUCGAGCCUCUAGUACUGGUCCACCGUUUUACUUCUCAUGAUAAAAAGUCCCCACUUAGGUCAACGUCCACCUACUUACUAUAGUCAACCACGUACAGUGGGGCAAAAAAGUAUUUAGUCAGCCACCGAUUGUGCAAGUUCUC